AUGCGGAUCGAGAAGUGCUACUUCUGCUCGGGCCCGAUCUACCCGGGCCACGGCGUCAUGUUCCUGCGCAACGACUGCAAGAUAUUUAGAUUCUGCAAAUCAAAAUGCCACAGAAACUUUAAGAGGAAGCGAAAUCCCAGAAAGAUGAGAUGGACCAAAGCAUUCCGAAAAGCAGCUGGCAAAGAAUUGACAGUGGAUAAUUCAUUUGAGUUUGAAAAACGUAGAAAUGAACCAGUGAAAUACCAGAGAGAGUUGUGGAACAAGACUGUUGAUGCAAUGAAGAGAGUGGAGGAAAUAAAGCAAAAACGCCAAGCCAGGUUUAUUAUGAACAGAUUAAAGAAGAGCAAAGAGUUGCAGAAGGCAGAAGACAUCAAAGAAGUCAAACAGAAUAUUCACCUUCUUCGUGCUCCCCAUGCAGGCAAACCAAAACAACUGGAGGACAAAAUGGUGCAGAAACUACAAGAGGAGGUGCCUAUGGAAGAAGACUCUUAAAGUGCUUUCAUUUUCUAUUUAUAUCUGUUCAGCAGUUAACAGUUCCCUACUGCCUCACCUGACAUCAUUCAGAACUGUGCUUACAGUUGAAGAAAAAGACAUUUUAAUGAAUAGUGGUCAUUUACCAUUUGGAUUAUUUUUUGGUUUAUAAAAAACAGUAAGUUGGAUACUGGUUUGGGCAGUUCUUAAAUUUGUGCAAUUUGAGAAAACCUUGUCAAACCUCCUGCUCAAUGGAGCGUGAGGUGUUAUUGUUUGAGAUACUGUGUGCUCCUUGGAAAGUUACACUUUUUCCAGGUAAAUUUUCCCUCACAAUUCAAGGAAUAAAAUAUGCUGACCCUGAACUUU